AUGGUUCGAAUGCAUUUUGCGGAAAAUCCCGAAGAAAAGAAAAAGCACGGAGAUGAGCCGGAAGAGCCGAGGCCGCAAGAUUGCUGUGGAUUAUCUUGUAAUCCGUGUAUAUUUGAUCUUCAUCAUCAAGAUGUGAUGCUUUGGGCAAAAGAAUGUGCUCGCUGCAUAAAGCUGGAAAAUGGGAUGACGCUGUUUGAAGAAGUGAUUGGCGUCGAAGAAAACGUCGACAAUUUAGAGGAAAUUUUUUCAAAAGACGAGUAUCGGCAGUUUGAAAUCGUCGCGAUAACUAAAAUGGCCCCCAACACCAAUAUGUACAAAUUCAAAACUGCGAAAAGCAAGGAUUUACCGCUAGGAUGCCACCUUAUUGCCAGACCCGUAACAAACAACGCAAAUACGUACAUACCG